CCCACAAACAUUUUUUCUCGUCCUGCUUUUGGGUGUGUUUGCUGCGCAAAAAGCGUUAAAAUACGAUUAAAACCAGCAGGAAAACCCUGAAAAAGGAGGAAAAUCCACAGAGAAGGCCAGUGGGCAGGAAUUUACAUAUUAGGAGGACCCAACACACACACACACAAUGCCACGCUACCGGGAAUGGGACUUGGCCUGCAAGGUGUACGUGGGCAACCUGGGCUCCUCGGCCUCCAAAUACGAGAUUGAGAACGCAUUCAGCAAAUACGGACCCUUGCGCAACGUCUGGGUGGCCCGCAAUCCGCCCGGCUUUGCCUUCGUCGAGUUCGAGGAUCGUCGCGAUGCAGAGGAUGCAACCCGCGGCCUGGACGGCACCCGUUGCUGUGGCACCCGCAUCCGCGUUGAGAUGUCCUCGGGGCGAUCGCGUGAAGGUCGUGGCGGGGGCGGCGGCGGCGGCGGAGGCGGUACUCGGGCUGGCGAGGGGCGUGGCGGCGGCGGAGGCGGCUCUGGAGGCGGUACAAGGGCUGGCGAUGGCGGCGGUCGCUAUAGGAUAAAGUCUUCUUCUUCUACUACAACAAGCACAACAAGAACUACUACAACAACAACAUCAAUAAAAAUAAUAAUAAUAAUUCAAAGAACAACAAAAAAAAGAACAGCAACAGCUACUACUACUAGAACUUCUACUACUCCUCUUCCUUCAACAAGAACAACAACAACAACAAUAAGAACAACAACAGCUACUACAAGAACAACAACAACUAGUACAACAGCAGAUCCUGCUCCUCCUAUUACACACAUUUCACCAACAACAACAGCCACCACCACCACCACACCACCAUGCAAUAAUUUGUUGUGCGGCCCUAGUCUGAAAUUCAACAAAUUCGAUAUAUUCCGCUGACCACAGAACCGAGAACCAGAACAAAAACCGAACGACUGCAACACUACACCCCCUCCACCACCUGUUCAGCUUCAGCUCGACCCAGGCCAAAGAAUAGACAAAAAGAAUCAUCAGCAACGUCUCCGGCUCCGCAGCUAUAAGAACUAUGCACCCAAAACCAGUCCAAGCACCCGCACAGCCACCUAACAACAUCCCACUACAGGGCAAACGAUCAUUUCAUAUUGCAUUUAUUAAUAACUUAGUGCGAGGGAACUUAUGGUUUUCUUUUUCGAAUGAAUAGAAGGCUCACUUUUUUUUUUUAAUUAUAUGAAUUAUGCUGAAAAGAAUUCUGAAUCAAAUCUUUUAGUGCGGUUAUUGCAUAGAAAUUUUAUCAUUGAACUUCAAAUAUUAUAGCCUGAUUUUAUUAGACGAAAACUGAUUUUAAAUGUAAAAGGCAAUUUAGCAGAAAGGGUAUUUAUUUAUUUAUUUAUUUAUUUAUAUAAAGCUAGCUUACAUUUAAAACUAUAGGCUAACUAAAUUAAGAGAUCUAGCAGCUAAGGCCUUCAGCUCAUCUGAGGUGUGUAAUAACUUGUAACUUGUGUAACUUAAUUUGGGCUUUUUCAAGAAAUGUGAUGAUUUUCAUAACGUUGUCGGGGGUUGGGUUUGAGAUGGUGUUGAUGGGGUUAAGUGAGCAGGAAUGGUAUACUUUCUAGUCUAAAAUGUAUUUAUUAUCAAAGAUUUUUCCUCUAAUUUAAACUACCCAUUUUCAAAAAGUUUGGUUAACAAGCGAGAUCGUAUGCCCCAUAGUGCCAACAAUACCACAUCAUUUCUAGUCUGUUAGUUGACAGCAUCUUCAGACUACACCACAAACGAAAACACUCUGCCAUUAACCACACUAAUCACCAAGAACCACGGCGAACCGGGCGGCAUCGGCGGCAACAGUGCAACUCCAUCAAGAAUUUAACUCCAAUAUGUAUCUAUGC